AGGUGAGAUGGGUAAUCUUAGAAGAGGUUACGCAUGACGUAGUAUGCAGUCCUCAAACCUGGAACGUGUACCGCGGGCAAACGGCAACAGCAUACGAGCAGCUAAGGUAUCGCUCUCGCCCCCUCUUUCCUUUUGUUUUCGCCGGGCUGCCGCAUUGUCUCGAACGGAAACGAAGCUAGGUGAGGGGAUGGGCCAGGCCCGUUUGUGGUUGUUGGAAAAUGUUGCUGUCGUCCUACUGUUGUCUGAGGGAAGGAAUCCCCCGGGUGAGAUGGAGGGGGAAGGAAGGGGGAAGGAAGGGGGAAGGGACGUCAAGAUGGAUAAGCAUGGGAAGGAAGGAGGUAGGCCGCGCCAGACAAUAAUAAAUCUUGGUUGCUGCCUCUACAGGGUCGCAUUCCUCGAUCUUUCUCUCUCUCUCUCUCUCCUUCCACUGCUCUUGAGGUCUUUUUUUUUUUGGUUCCUUCCAAGUCUUGCAAUUCGGUCGCGUCAGGGCUUGCUUUGCUGCCCCGCGUACCCUCUGUCGCGUCUUUUGGCCGGCACAACCUCACCCUUCCUUACCUUACCUCCUUGACUGCUACCUACGACCUGCUCGACUUUUCUCACCUGCACCUUGUUUUUCCAUCUUCUUCGGCGUCUACCUACGGAUACCUUCUUUCCGACCGAAAGUUUAUUUCCAGAGGCUGGAUUUGUCCAACGGCAAUAUCAGGCAGCCCCGAGCUGCUUUAUCGUCACUCGUUGUUCCCUCGUCUUUUGUUCUCGCCAACUCUUCUUCCCCGCGCCAAUCCGUCGCUAGUAC